GACACUGGACUUUAAUCCUUCCUGCACAGUCCAUUGAAAGGAGAGAGUGAAGGGUCUGGUUUUAUGGGGACGUUAUUCACAAUGGCAUGGCUUCUGGGGCUCAUCUUCUCAUCGUUUGUCCCCACAGAAGCAAAUCAACAAGUCUUUCUUUCCAGUAAGGAUGCCCACGGCCUUUUGAGUAGACAGAAACGUAAUAAUUUCCUGCUGGAGGAAAUCAGACCUGGCAACUUGGAGCGAGAGUGCAGAGAGGAACAGUGCAGCUUCGAGGAGGCGAGGGAAGUGUUCGAAAACAAUGAGGAGACGUGGAAGUUCUUCAGGACUUACCUGGUUAAUACCAAUAUUACUGCGAAUGUAUGUGAAUCAGAGCCUUGCUGGAAUGGCGGGACCUGUCUCAGCACUCUUGAUGACUAUAGCUGCAUAUGUAGGACAGGCUACAGCGGCAGAAGCUGUGAGAUCGAAGAUGUUGCGUGUGCAUCCAGCCCAUGCAAGAAUGGAGGAUCGUGUCAGAUUCAAUCCACGGACUAUAAAUGCUUUUGUGAAGCUGGCUAUUAUGGUCAAAACUGUGAACUUGAUCCCCAGGACUGCUCAUCACACGGGCAUACCUGUGAUCACUUCUGUAAGUUAGAACAUGAUACCUAUGUCUGUUACUGUGCCCAGGGAUAUAAACUUGGGGCAAAUCAGAAGAGCUGUGUUCCUGAAGUGCCAUAUCCAUGUGGAAAGCUGUCGAUCCCUUUAGCAAUUGAUGAUUCUGACUUGAUCUUCAGGGCGCUCACUGAUGGCCAGCAACGUCAAAGGGGUGAAUAUCCAUGGCAGGUGCUAUUAAAACAUAAUGACGAAAUAGUCUGCGGGGGUGCCAUUCUGAAUGAGGACUUUGUGCUAACCUCAGCCGCCUGUGUGAACCAUUUGCAAAAUUUCACAGCUGUUCUUGGAGAAUACAACCUGGAAGUAGAUGAAGGCUUUGAACAAACAAUUAAUGUAAGUGGAAUACAUGUCCACUCCAGAUAUUCGCGGAUGACCUUCGAAAAUGACAUUGCUUUGCUGGAGUUGGUAACACCGAUAGAAUUCAACAACUACACCAGACCCAUCUGUCUUCCUGAGACAGACUUUGCUGAAUUCUUUUUGAUGAACUCCGAAUAUGGGGCCAUAAGUGGAUGGAAAAUGAAACAGGGCCGUGUUGAGCGACCAGUUCUUCUUGGAUUCCCAUACGUCCCUUAUAUUGAACAUGCCACUUGUGAGGGGGUGCAGUCUUUUCCUAUUGUAUAUCGAAUGUUUUGUGCAGGGGUUGAAGAAUUAGCAGGUCCACUGUGUUCUUUAACCAGAGGAAGUCCUCUUGUAACUAACUAUAAGGGCGUAUGGUUCCUAACAGGCAUGAGUUUAGGGGCAGAUAAAUAUAAUUGUAAUAAGAUACCAGUAUACACCAAAGUAUCAAGGUACGUAAAUUGGAUUAAAAAAAUAAUGAGCCGGACACGGUCAGGUCACUAGCUAUACAUCAAGCCGAUGUUUUGCAUUUUUCUCACUAAAGUUUCAUAGUUAGAGGUACAGAAGUAAAAAAGAUGAAUUGAAAAUAAAUUAAUUACUUUCCUGACUCAGUUUGUGUGAAUCAUUACAGAAGAAAUCAAAUCUCUGUAGAUAGGGAAAGCUUUAAAUCGUUCCAAUACACAGAGCUGUUAAUAAAUUGGUUAAUAAAAUGUGAGAGGAAGAAGUUGUACU